AUGCCCAAGAGGAAGGUCAGCUUUGCCGAAGGAGUGGGGAAGGAAGAGCCCAAGAGGAGGGCGCGGUUGUCAGCUAAACCUUCUCCUGCAAAAGUCAAAACGAAGCCAAAAGCGGCAGCAAGGGAUAAAUCUUCAGACAAAAAAGUGCAGCUGAAAGGGAACAUAGGAGGAAAGGGAAAGCAGGCCAAAGUGGCUGACCAAGAAACUAAAGAUUUACCAGCAGAAAACGGAGAAACUAAAACUGAGGAGGAUCCAGCCGCUGAGGAAGCAGGAGAGAAAGAAGCCAAGUCUGAUUAAUAUCAUAUACCAUGUCUUAUCAGUGGUCCCUGUCUCCCUUCUUGUACAAUCCAGAGGAAUAUUUUUAUCAACUACUUAGUAAAUGCAAGUUUUUUAGUAGCUCUAGAAACAUUUUUAAGAAGGAGAGAA